AUGGCUCGAAGUUAUCGUGGCAGACCCAAAUGGGUCCCUGGCGUUGUGGUGGGGCAGUCAGGCCCUUUGUCUUUCACCAUUCGUGUUACCACUCCCAGGGGCAGUUUCCCCUGGCGUCGUCACAAGGACCAGCUGCUCGGGCGGACCACAGACCCAGACUGCGAAACAUCGGACCAGGAGGGAUCAGAGUUCCUGAUGGUUCUGCCGAGCGUCGACCCAGGCACAUCAUGCGCUCCUACCACCAGUAGUCCUGACGUUUCGCAAGACAUUCAGACGGCGGGUGCGAGACUCUACCCGUUGAGAGACCGUCGACCACCUGAGAGAUAUCAAGCUGGAGUUCAGCUUGGAAGAGUGUAG